UUUUCAGUUUAUUAUUGUGGGGCAAGUAAACCACAUUUCAGAUUGUUGGUAACAUUCGUGGUUAACACUUGGUAAAAGCGGAUUAAUAAUAAACAACGUCGCAGUUGUUUUAAGUGAACAAAACCUAGAAACAUUAACGUAAAUUACGUAAACUGUUCUUUUCUACUUUUAUAUUUUUAUACAUGUUUUCUCCCCUUAGCCUCCUAUAUAGUAUUGUAUAAUUAUUUCAAAAUUAAUUAAACACAAUGUUGCCAAAAUCAAAAAUACUGCAUUUUGGUUUAUUUUUAUUUUUAAUAAUAAAUGCCGUGCAAGCGAAACCCUCAAAGGAUACCGAGGGUAAAGUGGAGACAAAAGAUGAUAAGAAAAAUGAUGAAUUUCCCGAGGAAGAUUCAGAUAUGCUAAUGGAACCUAAUGAUUUUGGUCCUAUAACUAUAUUACGCUCUCAAGAGCGUCAAUUUCAUGAACCAUCCUCUACACAACAAUUUCGUCCUUUACCUAAUGCAAGAUAUAUAGCCAGAUCAGAUGUUUCCAGUGCAGCACGUGUUAGCUCCAUCGAUUCUCAUUCACAAGCGGCACAAAAUUACUAUCCACCCUUUUACAGGGAGGCACCACCACUAGGACACUCUCGUCCUUAUUUUCCUCUAUCAGAUGCUCCCAUAGUACCCAAAUAUGCGGAAGGCAGACCCGAAGGUAAUUUAGGACCCGGUCUGCCCCCCAAUCAAAGAGCAGCUGGUUUUGAUCAUAGUAUUUUGGGUUCUGGAGAUUUUGGUGUAAUACGUGGUGGCACAUUCUAUCCUGAAGAAGAAAUGCCCUAUCAUCCGGAGGACAGCAUAGAUUUUGUACAGAAAUAUACUUAUCCUGAAGAACAAUUUGCUCAUUUCCGUGAUUUUGCCGAUAUAAAUACACCAGUCGAUACUGCCUUCUCACACUUUGUGGUUGUCUAUCAAGCAAAGAAUUCCACAAAACCAGCCUCACAUCCUCAUCCGAAAAAUAUUUUCGAACAACUAGAGCUAUUAGAUAAGGAAAAAGCUACCGAGGAAAAGAAAUUGAAAAAACCCAAACACACUAGUAAGUCAAAAACAAAGUUGGCCAAAACAAAACUACAACAAAAGAAAUAUAAGAAAAAAGCCACCUCAUCACCAACAACGGUGGCAAAAGAUAUUGAAGAAGAACCUUUAUUGGCUUUAAGUUAAAAUUGCUGUAUUUAAAGGGAUUGUGCAAAAUUCUUAAAAAAACAAUAUCAUAAAAAAUACAUUAUUUUAAAUUUAAUUUAUUAAUUUUAAAGCACAACAAAGAAAUUUCAUAUUCAGCAUUUUGUAUUUUCUAUUUCUUUUUUUUUUUUGUGAAAAAUCGUAACAUUAUUUCUUAUUAUCAUUAGUUUAAUUAAUUUGUUUGUUUUUUCUGUCGAACUACAACAUUCACAUGAAGAAAAAACAACCAGGAUUAAUGGUACAUGGUGCCAAAAUUAUUAAAAGAAAAGCUAAGCAUAUUUUCAUUUAAUUAAAAUUUUCUUUUUUAAUGUUAAAAACCAC